GGUCAACAGUCAGCUUCAUUUGCAUAAUGAAGAACCAUGUCGUGCGGUGUCACCAUUAAAAGCAUUGAUAAGGCAAAGCGAGACGGGCAAACAAUACUUUCCUGUAACCUGGCGACGUGUCUGAGCCUCACUCAGAUCAUCAUGUUUCAUUGGGAGCGUGUCAUCACAACGUUGCUCAUCGGCGCAGUCUGUUCGAAUGCGGCGGUUACAUUAACCCAACCGAAAUCGAUCUCCAUCGAGCCGCAAGGCACUGUUAAAUUAAGUUGCACCGUCUCUGGCACUUCCUUGGGAAACGGCGACGUGGGCUGGUACCAGCAGAAAUCCGGGAAUACUCCUCGAUUCCUACUCUACCAUGAUCUCAACCGCGAGGUCAAGGGUACGGGGGUCCCCGCUCGAUUCUCUGGGAGGAGUCAAUCGUCAACAAAUGCCGCGUAUUUAACCAUCAGCGGAGUUCAAGCGGAGGAUGACGCCAACUAUUAUUGUGGUUGGGGUAGCUACGGCUUCGGCGGAGGGACCGAACUCACUGUUCUGACCCUGGAAGCGACUCGCCCUUCGGUAUCUCUUCUCCCGCCGUCGCCCGAUCAGAUCUCCGCAGAUGACACAGCGACCCUGGUGUGUCUGGUGAAUCAUUUCUUCCCUGGUUCGGUGGAAGUUUCCUGGAGUGUGGACGGUGAGACCACGGACAGUGGUGUCCAGACUACUCAGGCAGUGCGGGGCACCGACCAGACAUACAGUGUGAGCAGUUAUCUGACCCUGACCGCCGCCCAGUGGAACUCACACGAAGUCUACACCUGCGGCGUUACACACGAGUCUCUCUCAUCUCAGCUCAAGCAAAGCAUCAAGAGAUCAGGCUGCGAGUGACAGGAGAGAAUCCCCCUCCUUUCCACGGGCGCAAACUAUCAUUCAGAAUGUUCAUGUUGGAAAGCAGUGUCCAGUUAUUCGAAACGUAUUCCUUUUCUUCACAAUUUUGCAGAAACGUUAAUGUAUUCGUCUGGAAUUUAAAGUAAUUGCGCAAUAAAGAAUGAUUUUAAUCGUC